GACUGCAAAAGCAUUUAAACAAGAAAUCGAAGAAUAAAAAGGAACUGGAAAUGGAGUUGUCAGCAUCACGCAAAGAGAUUGAUGCAUUGAAGGAUGAAAUUCAACUACUAACCUCAGCGAUAAAGCAAAAUGACAGCAGAAAUCUUAAGCUCCAGAUCGAAGAGAUGGAUAAUACAAUAAAGGAACUGAAGGAUGAGAUCAAGUAUCAGAAAGGACUCAAUUGUGACUUGGAGUUGAUAAAGAAAACACAGGAGUCAAAAAUUGAUCUUGUUUCCAUCCUACACAAACUAGAAAAGAUAAAAGAAAAUCAGAAAAUGAAGAUUGCUGGUCUAUCAAUGAAUUGCUUGCCGUUUCAAGAUGUUGAAAUUAAUAGCCGUGUGCCUGAAGACAGUGAGGAAGAGGAUUUUAGUUUGAGCAAGGAAGUGCUACCAGAGAAAAUGAGAAAGGAGUUUUGUCAUUCAGAUGUUGAUCUUGGAACUUAUGAAAAUGCAAUAAGAUGCCUGCAUGAAGGGAUUGAACUACAGGAAUUCCGGAACUUGGAACUUGAGCACCAACUUAUGCAGGAGAAGCACAAAAAUAUGGAAAGUACUAUCCAGUUUCUGGAGAAAACUCUGAACGACAAAGAUAAAGAGAUGCAAACUGCAAGAUGUUAUAUGGCUCAAACAUUAGAAGAAAAUGAGGCAAAAUGGAAGAGUAGGCUGUUUGAGAAAGGCAAACAAAUCAUCAACUUUGAAAAGAAGUUGUCUGAUGGUGUUUAUGCUUUUGGAAAUGAAAUCUUAUCUUUAACACAAAGGGUGCAAGAUCUUGAAGCUGAAUAUUGUGAGAAGCAUGGAGAGUCCGGAAAGAAUCUGAUAAUUUCUAGUCCCUUUUCUUCUGACUUUCCAUUCUUUUGCUCUGAUAGUAGUACUAUCAACAUCAUUGAAGUGUUCCUUGAGUUAUAUAAGCAGCUGCAGGUUUCAGUAGAAAAACUUAGGGGUCAAGAGAAUCUUCUGAGUCAAAUGGCAUUAACCAAAAAGGAGAAUUGUUUCAGUAUAUCAGAUCUUUCAAAAGAUGAGGGAAAAAUAGAUUUAAAGGAACUGACUGAGGCAAUCCUAUGUACCAUUAUCCUGUUGAAGAAGUUGCUUGAAACAAAAACAACUUCCUUUGUGUACAAGAUUAAUUCUCAAGAUGAGUUGGUUCGGAGAAAAAUCAGAGAUGAUAAUGUAUAUCAGAAUGAAGUUAGAGAUUGCAGUGUAAAGGAAAAUAUAUUCUGCAUUUCUUGUCAGGAAUUGGGAAAUAUACAGGCAAAAUUGAUGUCUCAUCCUCCACCACAGGCUAAAAGUCAACAGGUUGAAUCUGCAGAGACGAACGAGCUGAAAUCUGACAAUAUGCCAGGGAAGGAGAAAUCCUGUAUAAGGCAUUCCAAGCUAGAACUGGAAACUGAAGUUGCUUAUUUGCAAUCCAAAAUUUCUUCAAGUUGCUCAGCAGAUUUUCCAAACGAUAUGAAGUUUCAUUAUUGGACAAAGGACUCCCACACUUGGAUCAACAAAGAUCAUGUGAGGAAUCCAUCUUUUGAAAGUUGUGAUGAUGAAGGCAGUGUUUUGUUUGGACUUGAAGCAGAAAAGGUACAGUUUUCUGAAAGGGUGCUUAGCUUAGAAGCUGAAAUGAGACAUUUGAUUGAAGAAAAGGAGUGGACUCAUUUGGCACUGAAGAAUACUGAAAAUGUUGUAAGAAAUCUCCAGGAUGACAUCAGAAGAAUGGAAGGAUUGAAUGAGGCACAAGAAGUUGAAUUGAAAAGAAAGGAGGAAAGCAUGCAGAAAAAAUGGAAAGAAGCUCAAGAAGAGUGCAGCUUUCUGAAAGUAGCCAACUUAGAAUUACAAGCUACAAAUGAAAAAUUGAUUGAAGAAUCUAAAACUCUUCAAACAACAAAUGAUGAGUUAAGAAUGCGAAAUAUGGACUUGCAUGGCCAAUGUACAGUAUUAGAUUCUAAACUGGGGGAAUCACAUAUUGCAUUUUCUGAUAUAUUGAAGCUAGUUCAAGAAUUGGAAUACAAAAUUACUUCAAUGCAGGAAGAAAUAGCUUUGAAAGAAAAAACCAUUAAUGUAGAUCUAAAUUCCAUUAUUGAGGAAAGCAGAAAGCAAGAAGAAAGGUUCAUUAUUGAAGAGAAAUUGUUAACACAGACGAAUUUAGAAAAAACAGCAGAGGUAGAUUACUUGCAGAGAGAGGUUGAACACUUAAGAGAUCAGAUAUCUUGUAUCUGUGAUAGACACAAGAGGAUGGCUUCUAAUACUGUACUUGAGGUCUAUGAUUUAUGUGCUGAUAAAGCUAUGAUUGAAGCUGCUCUUCAACAAGAACAGGAGAAACUAAGGCUGCACCAAGCCAAGCUUGAUAAUCUUCAAGCUGAAUACAAAGUCAUGAUGCAAAAUUGUACCGAAGAACUGGCAGCCUCCAGGGCAAACCAAGAAACUCUCAAGGUUAAUUAUGAAAAAGUAGUUGCUUUGUUGGAUAACGUCAAAUCAAACGAGGAGAAACUGAAGGACACUGUUAGAGGGCUCGAAGAAGAAUUGAAAGCAUCUGAACUAGAGAGGCUACAGGCAACAGAAGAAAUAUUUGAACUAGAAAUUCAACUUCAGAAAACAGAAAUGCUUCAAGGUGAAAUCUUUAUCCUUAAGAGAUCACUGUAUGAAGCAGAAUUUGAAUUCAGAAGAUUGGAAGCUUCAUAUCAGACGCUAUCCUUGGAGUUUGAGGAGCUGAAGGCCAAGAAUGCAUCUUACAUUGGAGGAAUCUCAACCACUGAGAAAGUUACAUCUGAGUUGGAAGACUGCAAGCGCAGUAAAAUUGAGUUUGAGGAACAAAUCCAACGGCUGCAAUGGAAUCUAAAAGCAAAAGAAUCUUCUUGUCUCAAUAAUGCCCAGUUAAAGUAUGAAAUUGCCCAAAUGACAAAAGACAAUGCUGAGCUUCACAGGAGUAAAGAUUUUCUUCAACAAGAGAAUGAAGAGUAUAAGAAAAAGGUUAAAGAUCUUGAAGAAAGGCUGAAACAAAAGGAUGUAAAAGAAGACCAAUAUGACGCCAAAGAUUGCAGUACUUCUACCACUGCCCUACAUGAUUUGAACAUGUUUACAGGGACAGGAUAACUGAAGCUGUACCAAAUCCAGUGCAGGGUCAUUCUUGCCACAUCGUUCCUCUAAGCGGGUUCUCUCACUCCUUACAUUAGAACCAUUCUCUUUGUUCCUUGUUUUCUGUACAAGACUGCAAGUCACAACAAUGUAGCUGAUUUUAACUUUUCUUAAUUUCGAAAAUCAUUAUUCUAUGGGUUUUCAAGCCAUAGAACCUCGCUUUCAGGUCCAUGAAACUCCAUUCCUACUAGUUCUUUCUCCACUCUUUCUGCCACCACUUUUACCAAGAUUCAAUGAUGAUUGCUGUACAAGUUAAACUAACAGGAAGCACUAUUGUCACGUGUCCAAAAUUAAAUAACAAUAUUGUGACAUCGCGGU